AUGAGAAAGGUUAUUUUCCCCCUAUUCGAUUAUACAGAUGUGGUUAUUGCUGAUCAAUGUCCAUUCCAUCCUAAAUAUGAUAUUUACGCUGUACACGAACAAAUGAAGAAUAAAAUAUCUGACUAUGAUUGGGAGUGUCAAAUGUGUGGGAAACGGUUUUAUACGGAGAAAGCCUUCGAUUCACAUAUUGGCAAUAGGCAUAAAAUAAAUGCUUAUAGUCAAAGUCGAACUAUUUGCUUAGCUUCAUAUUGUCCACUACUCCGUUGUUCUGUGUUGAAACCAGAUUUCGCCUAUGGAAAUCAAAUGUUCUGGGAUGAAGCACUUUGCGAGACGGGAUCAUUUAGUGAUAUUUCAAAGCAGUGUGAGGAUAUUUUGAACAAAUGUGCGCCUGGAAAUGUUAGCAGUCAUAUCCACCUACGUCAACUGCUUCAAAAUACACUUUGUGAUCCUUUGUCAUGUGAUCGAUAUUGGGUGUUACCAGAUUCCCACGUGAAAACAUCUACAUUGCAAAAGUUUCUAACCGCAUGUGUCCUAACAGUUGGUCUAUUCACCUAUUACUCUGUAAUAUUUAUGCGAUUAAGCUUGUCAUUCUGUCGCCUACGGGUUUCCAGUCUAUCUAUUCCUCGUCGUAGAAGAACAACAGCAAGAAGUGAUUGA